AUGGGACAAAUAAGUCGCAUACUUCUAUCUUCAUUAGCGGCUACGUCGGCUAUUGCACAGUCCGAUCUCAGCUCAAAACGCGGUCUCGCCUACCAAGGUGACGACCAUGAGGCCGACGCGCAAAUCCUUACCUCGGAGAAGUCAUUGAUCAGCUGGUACUACACCUGGUCGACAUGGCCGGCUCAAAAAUUAAACAACUCCAUCGCAUUCGUCCCGCUCAUUCACGGCGUUGACGAGGCGGAAGAUUCUACUCUCAAGUCACGUCUCAACAACCUUCCCGAGUCAUCCACCCGCCUCUUGGCCUUCAACGAGCCAGACGGCGACACGGGGUCUGGCGGCAGCAGCAUUGACCCGGAGGACGCCGCGAAGGCCUACAUCGAGCACAUCGUCCCGCUCAGGGACUCGGACUCCCGCAAGUGGGAGAUCAGCCACCCUGUCGUCACCGGCUCGCCGCAGGGUCUCGAGUGGCUGCGCAAGUUCAACGAGUCGUGCUACGACAUCGACGACAACGGAUGCCCCGCCGACUUCGUCGCCGUGCACUGGUACGGCGACGCCGUCGGCCUUCAGAACUGGCUCGGGUCUCUGCGGGACUUUUACAACGAGACCUCGUCGGAUCUCAAGUUCUGGGUCACUGAGAUGGCGUUGCCGCAGCAGGAUUCGGACGCCACUCUGGCCAUGAUGAAUCAGAGUCUCACGUUCCUUGAUGAUGCCGACUAUGUCGAAGGCUAUGCGUGGUUCGGCGCUUUCCGCAAGGACGAGGCGAAUGGCUGGACAGGCAAGAGCGUCUCUCUGUUUGACGGCGACGGAGGCCUGACGGAACUCGGUGCCCUUUACUUGGGUGGUGAUGAGCGAGGCUUCGAGGAAGGUCAGAAGGGCGAGGGCAGCUUCGCCAGUUCUUUGACUCCUACCGGACUGUUGCUCUGGGUCGCCAUGCUGACUGCUACCGCGGCUGCGUGGUAA